AUUAACAAAAAAAGUAGGUGGUUGAUUGACUUUUUCAGUAAUUUUGCUCAUAAUUUUGGUGAACAAAGGACUAAAAUCGUGUGCGUUAAGUGUUCUGGUGUAAAAUUUCUAUAAAAAUAAUGAAAAAAAAGUACAUAUAGCGUGAUUACGUUAGGUUUCGAUCGCAGGCAAAACUUGUAGCUGGUCUGUUUGCACGGCUCAACAUCUACGUGCGAUACAAUACUCCCAUUUUAAAUGGCGUGUUUAAACACCUUAAAAGAAGAAAUAAAGAUUCUAGAAUCAGUAUUUCCGAAAAGUCAUGAGCGUUUCCAAAUACAUUUCGCCACCGUCGACGAGCUCUCCUGCAGGUUUGUCUGUAAUCCUGGUAAAACCUACGAAAUCAACGCCAAUAUAACAGAAACCUAUCCUUCCACGCCUCCGGUAUGGUUUGCUGAUACGGAAGAUAUACGAGUCACUAACGCUGUCCAAACUCUCACUAACACCACCGGACUAGAUAAUCACAUCAUAAAUCAAGUUAUCAUAUUAUUGAAAGAGUUAUGUCGUAUAUACCAAGUUGACGUGCCGACCAAUUUAGAUAGCCUUCGUUUGGGUAUAAAUCAGCAGUUUUGUUUGAUGAACGAGAAAAACAAACAGCAGGCUGUCGAUGAAGAUGACGAAGACGACGACGACGACGACGAUUUAGAAGAAGAUAUACCCUUAGCUACCGAGGAUUUAGACCUGGCGAAUAAUAAGAAUAAGAACGAAGAUAUGAAAACGGAAUACAUUGAAAUAUUAGAAAGGUUGAAGAAUAAACAAAGAAGAGAUCACAUGAAAGGUGCUAUCACCGGAUCGGUUCAAGCAAACAAUCGUUUAAUGAAAGAAUUACGGGAUAUUUACAAUUCUGAAACGUUCAAGAGAGGUGUCUACAGUAUCGAAUUAGUCGGCGACAGUUUAUACGAAUGGAAUGUUCGUCUAAUAAACGUGGAUGCAGAUUCGCCCCUCCAUAAGGAUCUAAUGGUACUGAAGGAAAAAGAAGGAAAAGACUCGAUUUUAUUAAAUAUGACGUUCAAAGAUACAUUCCCUUUCACACCUCCAUUCGUCCGAGUCGUCGAUCCUAUCAUUUCUGGCGGCUACGUCCUAAUCGGAGGAGCCAUCUGUAUGGAAUUAUUGACUCAGCAAGGCUGGAGUUCCGCCUAUACGGUAGAGGCUGUCAUUAUUCAAAUUGCUGCCACUUUGGUUAAAGGAAAAGCCAGGAUUCAAUUCGGGUCAACUAAAUUAUCCAAUCAGAAUAGUUUGGCCCGAGCUCAACAGUCAUUCAAUUCGCUGGUACAGAUACACGAAAAGAGUGGCUGGUUUACUCCUCCGAAAGCAGACGGCUAAUGUGACAUAUUCCUGUCUAUUUUUUUAAAAAUCGUAUUUUUUAAAUCGUUUACGGAUGUAUCGUUCCAAGUGCAAAGUUCUCUAAAUCGUAAUUUUUAUUGAAGACUUCACAAUUUAUCUCAUCGAUAUUUGUUUAAGCGUAUUACCUUUUUUCCUGUAGUUCAUAGGUUAUUUUGUAUAUUCUGAGUAUUUUUCCUUUUUUUUCCUUUUUUUUUUGAGAAUCAUCGCUCAUUGUGUAUAAUGUAUAAAUGUUCUUACAUUUUUUUCUCGUAUUUUUUACGUAUAAUAAUAUUAAUUACCUAUUUUUUUUCUUUUUGUUAGAUAUACUGUAAGGCAGCUCUCGUACUGUUUUAUGUUUCUUUGUUUUUAAGGUAUAAAUUUUUUUUUGAAGACAAUUUUGUAGGUUUAAAAAAAAAAUGCGAUUACAAGAUGAAAUUUUUAUUGCUGUUUCAAUAAUUUCGAAUUCAGCGUUCUUAUUCGAUUUAGAGUUUUCUUUUUUGAUAGCGACAGAUUAUUAGGAUAUUCUAGUUUCUUUUUUAAUUUUUCGGUCCUGCGAACCGAAUUUUAUGAAUUCUUUUCCUUUUUUUUUUCUUUCUUGUAAUACUGUGAUGAAUUUUUAAUGUUUUUUUUUUCUUUUAUUUUAUUAUUUUUUUUGGUCGCUAUUGUAUCAUAGAAAUUAUGUUGUUCUUGGGGACGUAUGUUUGUGUGCGCGUAUGUCGUGAGGUUUAGCUAAUUGUAAUGGCAUUUAUGAAUUAAAAUGAUUUUUGUACGAU